UAUUGCCUUUGAGAAACCACUGGGUUCACUUCAAACCCUCAACAGAUGUCAGACAGCCAAGUAUCUGCAUUCAGUUGAAAAUGGCUGCAUGGAGUGGAGGUGUGCAGGUUCCGGAUAAAAAACGUUAGGCGUCUCGAACAGGUUUCUUAUUUUUAGAAUGUCAUAAACAAGAAACAAAAAAAACCUCAAAUAAAUUGAAGAAAGGUGGUUAAAUGCGUUUCCAUUUUCAAAUCAGGAUGAGAUGGGCUUGGAGUAGUCUGUCAGAGAUCCUAAAGGCAAGUUAACCGUAUGAAUGGAAAAAGUAAAUUCUACAGGGUGGAGAGGGAAGGAACGGUUAGAAACAAAGCUCUUGCAGCACUAAAUUGCCUAAUAACAAAUAUAAGUACACUAAGUGAGUCUCCUCAUUGCCUUGACUUGCUAUUGAUCCUCCGAUCAGAUAAGGGUUGGUGUUUCCACUGAGUAGGCAAUGAAUAUGUCAGUGCCAUUGUGUCUGCGUUGUGUCGCUGAGACAUAACCUUUUCACUACAUAUCCCAGCAGCAAUCUCGGGGUGGACGUAAGACGCAGCUGUUACGCAGUGCCGUUACAGCGGCGGUCGCAGUCGCGGGAGAAGCAAGAUUUGUUGACAUCGUUCUGAGGUUUAUCCAAAGUUAAGACAGAGUUUUAUGCAAAGUUGAGAGUUUAAGCCGUCUGCUUUAGGUUUUCUUUACUGAGUAAGGGAAAGUGACUGACAAGAUACAACGCACGAGUGUAGAAUGUAUUUAUCGUUAACACCACCUAUUUGUACUAGUAGAAAUAUCAACAGGUGACUGUAGCGGUGAAUCAAUUGACGUUAACGCUAACACUUUUCUUGUCUAAACGUUUGCUAGCGAGGAUAGCUAACUUAGCGUAAGUAGUUAUUUGCAUGUUUCGGCCUGUCAGUCUCGCUGGAUUGUACUGAAUUAUCCUCAUUUAGGACAGCUAACCGACCGAAAAAGCGAUGUCGUCAAGGGCUUGGCAACAUCCCUAUGUCAACAUCUUCAAGCAUGUGCGCGUCGAAGAGUGGAAGAGAUCCAGCCGGGAAGGAGACGUCAGCUCCUACAUGGAUAAAGCCCUCAAGUGCUCCGUCUUCCGGAUCCGUGGCUCAGUUCCGGCCGGCAACUACAUCCUGCUGCCCAAGAGCAGCAGCCAGUCCCUGGGCCUCACGGGGCGCUUCUUCUACCUGCUCUUCAGGCCCUCCCCGGGGAAACACUUCGUGGUGCAUCUGGACGUGGUCGCGGAGGAGGGUCAGGUGAUCCGGGUGUCCUUCUCCAACAUGUUCAAGGAGUUUAAGUCCAGCUCCACCUGCCUGCAGCUCCCCUUCAUCUGCGGCUCAGCACAGGGCUCAGUGUACGAGAGCACGGCACGCACCGCCAGACAGGGUCUAGUGGGGCCUGCUCCAACAUGUGUGCGCUGGGUGUGUUUGGUGAUGGACUUGCAUUAUCUGGUCUCUGUCUACCUGAACCGGCGCUACAGCCACCUGAAAGCACUGAAGCUGUGUGCCAACAUGAGCGUCAAAAACACCAUGACCAGCGACCUGCUGCUGGACCCAGGUAUGUGUUUCUCCGCGAUGAAGCGUGGUGGUGUUGUGAUGGAGGAGGGCAAUGCCCCCAUGCCCAGAGAGAUGAGUUUCCCCGUACCCAAGGGCUGCACCUGGCAUGACCUCUACGACUACAUCAGGUUCCCCUCUGACGGGAUGAAGAUGCCAUUUGAUUCCAUUCAGAAAGGGGAAACUAACAAGGCAAAGACUAAAGAGUGUCACAGCCCGGAUAGGCAGGAGAGUGUGUGUGUGAGCCUCAGCAAACCUGCCCGUGACAGAGUCUCUCUCAUCCAGCAGAUCACCACUCCCAGACCUCAACCCAAGCAAAAGAAGGUGACCCUGCUGACCCCCUCUCUGUCUGAGGUGGCCCCUCUGAACAUCACAAGGGCGGCGGGAGACGGGGGGUGUGUGGACGAUGGAGGGGUGCAUGUGUUCGCCCCGCCUGUGGACGAUGACGGUGACGUAUUCACUGGCCGUUCGUCAGUCUCACACUCACCGAUACAGGAGGUGGUGUGUGCUGAAGUAUUCCGUCCCAUCUCUCUGCCUGCCGCUAAAGCCAGUCAACAACGGAAGCUGCAUCCAGACCCAAUGCUACGCCUGAACAGGAUCAUUGGCUUUGGAGGCAAAACCACGAAGAAUGUUGUGUGGAAUAAGCUGUGUGAUGAGGUCAUCUAUCCCUGCCACGCUGUCAUUAUCGCCAUGAAGAUCUGCUCCGGGAAGCAGCGCUUUUUCAUUGGUCACACAGAUAAGGUCUCUGCUCUGGCGUUGAAUGGCAGCUGCUCUCUCCUGGCGUCGGCACAGGCAGACACACACACACUGCUGCGUCUGUGGAACUAUGAGACAGGCCAGUGUCUCGCCCUGGUCAACACACACGCACACUCCCUCAGCAUCCUCAGCUUCUCCUACAGUGGAAGGGUCUUGUGUGGAGUGGGGAAGGACAGCCACAGUAAAACUAUGCUUGUGGUGUGGAAUACAGAGAGUGUAGCCAAGCAGGGAGUGGUGUGUGUCUUGGGUAAAGCACACACGGACGUGGACAUCAGAGCUCUUCAGAUCACCUGCUGUGAUGAGACACGGAUGGUGUCGUGUGGGAUUGGAAACGUGCGUCUGUGGAGGUUGAGGGGCGGGUCCCUGCGCUCCUGUCCUCUGAACCUGGAUCAGUUCCACAGCCUGGAGUUCACCGACCUCGCUCUGCUGCACUCACACUCUGCAGACGCAACUGAAGAACACACACUGUUUGUGAGCAGUAAGAGUGGUCACAUCCUGGAGGUGGACUACGCUGCCGUGGCGAUAAAGAAUGUCAGGAGAGUCCUCCCCACUCAGCCAAGCCACGGCCAGCGUAGAGAGAAGCAGACCUUCAGCACGGGUCAAGGUAUUGCGGUGAACAGCAUCAGUGUGUGUGAGGGGUUCUGUGCCACUGGAUCUGAGGACGGCUACAUGAGGCUCUGGCCUCUUGACUUCAGUGCAGUCUUCCUGGAGGCAGAGCAUGAGGGACCGGUGUGUCACGUGUGUAUCUCUGACGACGGCCUGAAGGUCCUGGCGUCCACCAGCACCGGCAGCGUGGGUUACCUGGACGUGGCCAGCCGCGGCUACAGCACGGUGAUGCGCUCGCACACACACACCGUUCUCGGCUUCAGCAUCGACGGCAUCCGCCGCCGCAUCACCACCGCCUCCAGGGACGGCACGGUGCGUGUGUGGGAUAUGGACUCCAUGCAGCAGUUGUAUGAUUUUGUGUCUGAGGAUACUCCCUCCUCCGUGGCGUUCCACCCCAGCCUCCCCGUCUUCUGCUGUGGUUCCAGCUCCGGGCGCAUCCGUGUCUUUGACAUCACCACCGCCAGCAUGCUAGCCCAGCACAGGAAACACACGGAGACUGUGGUGGGCUGUGUGUUCUCUCCUGAUGGGGAGUGUUUGUUCAGUGGCGGUGCCGACGGCUCCUUGGCCCUCUACAACUCCGGUCACCAGGAGCUCCCGGCCAUCCGGGUGCUGGGUAACGUGUUGGCACGGGGCAUAGAGCGCGCCCCUGAUGCGCUGGUUGUCAGCGGAGACAACUCUCGGCUGGCCUUCAUUGGCCCCACAGAGCACACAGUCACCAUAAUGGAUGCACGCUCACUUGAUGAGGUCCUGCGUGUGGAUGUCAGCAUACUGGACUUGGACAGCCCCAAACUGGACUCUGCUCUUAAAGUCUGCUUCUCCCCUUCCACACCUGGACACCUGCUCAUCUCCACCUCUGCCAACAAGAUCCUCUACGUACACAUGCACACUGGGAAGCUGCAGAGAGAGGUGUGUGAUGUUCAUAAGAAGUGCUGCUGGUCGCUAGCGGUCAGUGAGGAUAGCCGUUACCUGCUUACUGCCGGAUGUAACACGUUAAAGGUGUGGGACUACAACAUGAGCCUCGACAUCAACUCUCAGGUGUUCAUUGGCCACUCUGAGCCCAUCAAACAGGUGAGCUUCACACCGGAUCAGAUGGGUGUGGUAUCUGUGGGCGACGCCCUCUUCUUCUGGGACUUCCUGGCACACCCUCAAGAAGCAAUGCUUCGGUCUCCCGCCAUCCUGGGGUCUCCUCCCAAAGCAGGCCCGUCAGGUGACUUGGGGGCAUUGACCAAUGGAAUGCUGCAUUCCAAUGGGAUGCCUCGAGGCCCAGCCCCCCUUCCCUCAUUGGGCAUGAGCUCCAUUGAGAGGCCGGCACACGAUGCUCUUGAAGUCUUGUCUCUGAAUGAGGAUGCUGAUCUACCACGCAGCCCCUCCCCUUCACCAGCUCCCAGCCCUGCCCCCAAACACGCUUCCUUCCUUAGAGUCACUCAGAGGUCAGGGGGUGGAGCGUCUCCAGAGCAGCCAGCCAAUCAGCUGAGGGAAGAGCACAUUGGGAACGCCUCAAAGGCGGAGCGUCCUGACUGCUACAAACACUUCACGCCGCGUUAUAACACCUCCACCUCGGGACAGGAUUCUGUGUUUCUGCCUCAGAGUGCUGUAGCCCCUCCCGCUGGAGAGGAGGGCCUGAGACUGAAAGCUGUGAUUGGCUAUAAUGGGAAUGGGCGUGGCAAUAUGGUAUGGAACCCAGACACUGGUCUGUUUGUGUACACCUGUGGCUGUGUGUGUGUUGUGGAGAACCUGCACACGGGCUCUCAGAGGCACUGGCUCGGACACACAGAGGAGAUCUCCACCCUCGCCAUUUCCCACGAUGCACAGUUAGUGGCAUCAGCGUCUGGGAGUGGCGCCUCAACGAAGAGCCUCAUCUGCAUAUGGAAUGCCCUGGAUGGUUCCCGUAGAAACAGUAUGUCGUUUCACAAGGGCGCAGUGCAGAGUAUGGCCUUCUCCAGGGAUGACCGCUACUUCCUGUCUGUAGGUGACUUCAGUGAGCAGGAGGUGGCGCUGUGGAGCGGGAGCUGCUUUGAGCUCCUGUGUCACGUGACAGCGCCGUGGGCCAUCCACGAGGCCCGCUUCAGCCCCACCAGUGACGGCCUGCUCGCCUGCACGGGAGAUUCCGGAAUUCUCUUCUGCAGCAUACACACACAUGGUGUGCAGACGGAACUUCAGGUGCAGAAUGUGUGUGUGCCUGAUGAUGUUGGCGACGCUGAGCUGACAUCUCUGUGCUUCAACGCCAACGGCCUGCUCUUCACAGGCACGAGUGGCGGACAGGUGUGUGUGUGGGACUGCAACACACACCGCUGCUUCAUGAGCUGGGAGGCCGACGAGGGAGAGAUAGGGGUGCUUCUGUGUUGUGGCAACAGGCUGGUGUGUGGAAGCAACAGCAGGCGUUUGAGGCUGUGGUCAGUGGCAGCCGUCCAAGCCCUUAGACCCCAGGGGACAGAGAGGUCACAGGACAGCCCUGCCGUGCUACUGGAGCAGGAGAUGCAGCUGGACGGGGCCGUGGUCAGUGCCACCUUCGAUGAUGUCAUGGACAUGGGCAUUGUGGGCACCACGGCGGGUACUCUGUGGUACAUCAACUGGGCAGAGAGCACCAGCAUACGGCUCAUCAACGGCCACAAAAGCAAGGUGAAUGGUGUAUUGUUCAGUCCAGACGAGAGCCGUUUUGCUACCUGCGGACAGGAUGGGAGUUUGAGAGUCUGGGCGUCGCCUAGCAACGAACUCCUGGUGCAGUUCCAAGUGCUCAAUCAGAGCUGUGAGUGUGUGUGCUGGAGCCCAGGGAAUUCUGCAGUGUGUGUGUCGGGCGGCUACAGUGAUGGAACAGUCCGUGUGUUCAACCUGACCUCGUCUGAGAUGGAGCUGAAGAUGCAGCCCCAUUCAACUGCAGUCAGCGCCCUGCUCUACUCCUGCCAUGGUCUGGUGCUGUUAUCAGCAGGACGAGAUGGUGUGAUCGCUGUCAUCUGUCCGGUUACUGGGGCAACUUUACGCAUCAUUAGCGAUCACAAAGGGGCUCCCAUCACCACCAUGCAAAGUGUCAAAAAACAGUAUAAAGAGUUUGGGCUUCAGGGUGAUGAGCUCUGGUUGGCAGUCAGUGCCGAUAGGCGUGUCAGUGUCUGGGCUGCUGAUUGGAAGAAGGACAAAUGUGAGAUGCUUGAUUGGCUGAGUUUUCCCGCCCCUGCUGCCCCUGAGAACGGGGAUGUCUUACCACCAAGCCUGGCUGCCUUCAGUCCUUGUGAGCGAGGGGUCCUUGUUUACACUGGCUAUGGAGUAACAAAAGAGCUCACCUUCUACUGCCUGAACAAAAAACAGGUCCUGAGAACCAUUUCUUUAGCAGACUGGGCACUUUGCCUUAGUCUCUGUUCUAAGGGACGACUACUUGCUGUCGGCUCAAAGCACCGUGUGGUGAAGUUGCUCCACAGCUCCUCAGGUCGUUUUCAGGACUUCACCCCUCACGGCGACUCCAUCCAGCUCUGCAGCUUCUCCCCUUCAGGAAAACAGCUGCUUACCUGCGCUCACAACGAGAUAAUACUCUGGAGCACCCACAACCUUUAACACACACACACACACACACACACA